AUGGUGGAGCUCUCACUCAACUCCCCCACAUUGGACGGCCAGACUGGCGCGAGCAAGUCACCGACCCGCCCCGCGGCCAUCGACACUGAGCAGUUCAACAUACUCUUGCAGAUCCUCAGAGCGCUCGAGAAGGUCAUCGGCCUGUUCACACCCGAGCCCUCCGUUGUCCAAUCAUACGCCACUCAGAUCACAGCCAUUCGCCAUUCAAUCGACAGACUCAAGGCCACAGAGAAGGAGUCCGUCACAGGCUGCUUCGAAUGGAUUGACGGCCUGCUCAUCAAGGCCCUGGAGCAAGGCGCAUGGAUCGUUAUUGACAAUGCCAACUUUUGUAACCCGACAGUGCUCGAUCGUCUCAACCCCUUGCUCGAGCAGGGCGGUGUUCUGAUGUUGAAUGAGCGCGGUAUGGUCGAUGGAGAGAUAAAGGUCAUCAAACCCCAUCCCAACUUUAGGAUAUUCCUGACAAUGGACGAGCGCAAGGGAGAGAUCUCGCGUGCCAUGAGGAACAGAGGCAUUGAGAUCUACCUGUUCGAGGCCGAGAUGACAUCGUCCGUCAACCUGGACAAUGCUCGUCUGCUUGGCACCCUGGGCAUCCCCUCACAGCCACUGGCCCAACAGAUGUUGGCGUUCCACGCAGCCGUCGUCACGCAAUAUGGCUCGACCGUCGAGAACCCAAUGACCAUCUCACACACCCUUUACUGGGGCCGCAUGGUCAUCGACCUGUUGCAGCGUGGCAUGGCCCUUCUGGACGCGCUCACAGUGUCCAUGCAGCAGAUCUACAUUCGUCCAAGACGACUUGUGACACAACGCGAUGUCAUCACAAAGAUCUUCACUGCACACUUCUCCUACGCCACGCUCAACUCUCUGAUCUUUGGCAACAACAAGUCAUUCCAUGCACUUGGAUUCUUCCCAAGUGGUUUGACUGAUCAGACCAUGGCCUUGGAGGCGUACAACCUGGACCAUCUUCACAUCCAAGCUCUGGCGAGGGUGUCCAAGGAGGCUGGCAUGAAGCAGGCCAUCAAAGACACUCUUGAGCAGCCUGCCAAGCAGCUAUUGGCACUGCCCGCCGUCAUCCUGUCAUCAGUGUUCUUCCAACCACACAACACAAACGUUGGAUCAAUGGUCGACCUCGUCAACAAGAACAUGGACACCAACCUCAACAACAAUGAGGAUGUGGCCAAGCUUGGACAAUACAUCCAGCAUGCAGCGUUAUACUUUAUCGAGACAACUUCACAGUUUGUCAAAGCAGACCGCAUGCUUUGGUUGGAUCAACAACAGGGAUCAUACUUGGGCAAGGCCCAAACAGACAUGUACACUCAGGUCCUCAAGAAGUUGUUCGCAUCGCCAUUGUACAAGCGCUUUGACAUCGAUGUCACCCAGCUUCUGGACAACAUUGGCAUGUCCAAGCACGUCAAGGAUUAUCAGGGUCAUCAAUGGAAGCACAACGAAUCACUAUUCAAUCUUGUCAAGGAGAAGGCGUCCAACGACCCCGCCAACACCUCUCUGUGGGCCUCACUCGUCGACACAAUGGACCUUCUCAAGACAUUGCUCGUGCACAUCCUGCAGACGUAUCUCCAGGAGAGGAUAUACACCGAGGCCGCCAAGCAGGGCAGUAGCACCCCCAACAAGCUCUCACCCAUCGUUCAAUCAUACUUGCACACCAAGAAGAAGCUGUCCAAGGAGUCGCUCAGCUCAGAGAUGAUCACCUACCUCUAUCCAAUGUUCAAGGUGCUGGGUGAGCAGUUUGAGUCAUGGUUGGCCGCCAUCGCCGAGAACAAGGCACAGGCCCUGACACAGCUACCAGUCGCCCAGCUAGACCAACUCACAAGACUCAAGAACAACUUCUGGCGCAGUCUCAAUGUGGUCCAGCCAUUCCAGAUUGGCGAGUUUGUCAUUCGCUGGCGCUGGAUCAUCAAGGAGGUCAAGACAAUCGUGCAGGCACACGCUGCCCUCUUUGUCCUGUCGAGUGGCACCGCCACCGUGUUUGAGCGCAUCAACACAUACCUCAGCCAGACCACGCUGUUCAGCAACAACAAUCGUCUGUGGAAGCAAGCUGGCCACCCCAUCGUGAUGAAGACUGACGAGUUGGUACAACUUGAGGGCAAGUUCAUGCAGCUCUCACAGCUCAUCCGCUUCAAUCACAACAAUAUCCUCGAGUCACCAUUGCAGCUGCCAGUGUCCUACCUGGACAGCCAGUGGAAGCGCACCUUUGUUGAGGCCAUCAGCACUCUCCAUUGGAUCAACUACCAGUUCUACGACAAUGGCGCAACGACAAACGCCGUGCCACAAUCACAGCGAGCACUUGAGAAUGCCAAGUCGCUCAUUCCCUCGUUGGUGGAGGUGCAGCAGGCGCUCCAGACCAAGCUCGAUACGCUAAAGGCCGCCAACACACCGCCCAAGACAGAUGGCGACGACCAAGGCAGCGAGCCAGCUGUCAACAUCAACAUUCAGUUCGACAUGAGCACAUUGCGCGCUUCCAAGGCUGCCAUGUGGCCUUUGCUCCAGCACUACUCUCACACUUUUGAGAGUUCUCUGGUUGCUCAGCUCUCUCAUUUGUUGCUCGGCCAUAACCUGGACGUGAGCAAGGGUGUCGUGAUCAUUGGCGACCAACUCAUGCCCACCAUCAAUCAGCUAGCUAACAACCUCAAGCAAUACCUCGAGCUGUGCCUGACUGCCAACAGCCCCGUCCCACCCGCCAGUCUCGCCACCUAUCAGAAGCUGUCGUGGAUGCUCGAUGGCGUGCUCGAAGCAGCCAAGAAGAAGCAACCAUUCACCAUUGGCAUCAUUGAGCUGCAGAGCAUCUUCCACUCAGUGCUCUACAACUGGAAUGCAUCACAUUGGAACAACUCUUACAAUGAUCUGGCUUACUUGGAGCCAGUGUCACCGGAUGCCCCACCAGGUCACAUCACGCUGUCCAGUCGCUUCGACAGCAUCUCGCUGGGCGCUGGCCCUCCCCGCCUGUUCCAGAGCAUCCAGAGCGUCUUCUCGUUCUACUUGACGCACGAGUGGCACACUACCACGCUCGAGGACGUGCCCGCUAAGGUGCAGCAGCUGCAGUCGCUCAUCGACCAUCUGGCCAGCACUCGCAACUCCUCAAUGACCAUCGCACAGACAUUCAACAAUGAGUGGGCAGCCUUCCGAUCACUGCUGUUCAUCACAAUCGGUUGUUUCGUCAAAUGCUACGAUACUGAUAUGCAAUCAAUCAUACUCAAUCAAAUCAUGAUCCUGCAGUGUGGAGACCUCACCAUGACCACAGACCAGGCCAUCACCGUGAUCAAUCAGUUGGCAAACAAUGUGGUCACAUCAAACAACCCGCUGCUCAACAGCCACAUGACCAAGCUCAUUGUCCCAUGCCUGCAUACGCUCGCCAAGCGACACUCUUCCAGCAGCUCCAAGGCCGACAAUGGCGCGCUACUUGAUCAAAUGUUGCUCGGCAAGUUUGCCCUGUUGCUGUCAUGUUUCCGCGUUCUCUGGCUCCUGCCCGCACACCCAGUCGACCCCACCCAGAAGUACUCAGUCAUCCUGGACUACUCGCGCGAGCUCUCAUCACAGCUGGCCGACGAGAUCCACGUGCAUCGUGUGAUUGAGUCGCAGCACACUGGCAAGCAGACCAACUUGUUCAUCAACGAGCUCACCGCCAAGCAGGCUGUCAUUGAUCGCCAGCUUAGCAUCCAUCAGAAGAAGAUUACCCUGCGUCCAACCCCGCCCGCCUUUGACGAGUUGCAUCGCGACCUCACACAGUUCAUCACACAGUUCUCGCAGGUCGACAAGAUCAUCGACCUGGUGAGCCAGUUCGAGCUGGGCUCAUCCGACGCGCAGGUGCUCUACAGCACCGAGGCCAUGUGGCAGGAGAAGUCCGACAACUUUGUCUCAUCUCUCGAGAAGAAGUUCAUGUUGUACUACCGCGAUGUGGCUGUUCCCAUUGCCACAGGUGUCAUGCAGAUGAAGUAUGGUCUUAGACUGGUGUGUGACGCGUCCAAGCAGCUCCACAACAUGUCGGCCGGUUCCAACAUCGUGCCACAUCUUCAGCAGGUGUUGACAUCCGUGUGCAAGUUCCCACGUGUGUCCCUAGCCGCCGACGGACACCUCCUGGCCGACCCCAUGGAGAUGUGCAGUCUCCUCAUGGGCCGAGACACAUUUGACGGCAUUCGCACAGUGCUCCAAGCAGCCGCUGCCCAGAGUGCCACCGCACACCAUCGUUCGCGCUCCAACUACCGCGUUGUGGCCAUCCUGUUGCGUUCGGCUGUGUCCCAGCUAUUUGCCCAUGUGGCCAACACUCAAUGUUUGACACACGAUGUGCUCGACUCGCUUGACAUGAUCUUUAGGAUCUUCAUCCAAGAGUACAAGCUCCAGGAGGAAGAGCGCAGACGCGUCGAAGAGGAGGAGAGCCAGACCGUCAAGUUCAGAACCAAGUCGCACAAGAUGGAGACACUGGAGGAGCGCGAUGAGAAGGUGUUCCUCAGCUCAUUCCCCAACUUUUACAAGGAGUUCUCCGAUCUUGAGGACAUCCAGAUUGUCGCCGAGUAUGGCGACAUUGACCUCAACGCACCAUCAACAUCCGAGGACAAUGGCGACGACUCCAAGACAAACAACAACAACAACAAUCAAGAGGAUGACGAUGAAGACGAGGAGGAAGGACACGUGUUCAAUCAGGCCAUCAAGGACGAGGAGGUGCAACAGAUCUACCUGAUCCAUCGACAUUUGUUUGAACAACUUGAUGGAAUAUCGCUGCCCCGCGCGCCAUCAUCAACUUCCAGCUUCAACCUUGACGACACCGAUCGCACCCAACUGUUCACAUUGUUCCACGAGUGUGGCCAGUUGCUGCUCAACGUGCUUGAGCAACGUGCCCCCAGCAACUUUGACCAGCUGUCCAUCGGCGGCCAUCUGCUCUCGGCCCUGAUCGUUAAGGAGAAGUUGACCGAGUCGCCUCCAUCGAUGAUCACCUACACCAAGCUUGACAAGAAGUUCCGAUUCAUCAAGAUGGCUUCAUCGCUGACCACCCAUGGCACUGGCUCCGCUGGCUCCACUAGUUCAUCAUCAGUAUUUGCCACACAGAGGAACAGUCGCGUGUACAACAUCUACACUGACAGCAACAUCGCAGAGAUAUCGAUCAUUCGCGAACCAUUGCUGGCCAUGCAGACGCGUGUCAAGCAGCUGCUGGUCGAGUUUGAGGACCAUCCCAUUUUGACCCUGUUGAUCCGUCUCUCGGACCGCAUUCUCAAGUGCCCUUCCAGCGACCCCCUGAUCAAGAUAGUUACCGGCCUCGAGCUACUACUGCGCAAGGCUCAGGAAUGGGAGUCAUUCGCUCACAAGGGCAUCAUGUUGCGUGAGCCACAUCUCAACCAGAUUUCACGCAUCAUUACACGAUGGAGGAAGUUGGAGAUUGAGAGCUGGCCGACGGUGUUCCAGGCACAGGAGAAGGAGUUUGAGAUCAAGACGCUCAAGCAUUGGUUCAGCCUCUAUGAGAUUGUCAAUGAUGCGCCACAAGACCUGGCUGAUACCAUCGCCACCGAUGCGCACCUCGCUAAGAUCUUCACGACCGUCCAAGAGUACCUGUACACAGCGACCUUUGGAGACAUGCUCACGCGUCUGGGCACGCUCAGAUCGUUCGACCAUCAGCUGCUGGCCACGGUGCAGAUGAACACAGACGACUCGCCAUACGCCACAUUGCUCAUGUCCUACAAGACCAGGAUACACAACAUCAUCCACAACUUGUACAGCUACUUCUACAACUUCAUCCCGCAGUUGGAGACCAAGCUCACUCAGUUGGUCGCACCAAUUGAGGAGAAGGCCGUCGAGUUCAUUCGUCUCGCCCGUUGGGAGGACAACAAGCUGCUCACACAAUACGAGAGAUUGAAGCAGCACAUUGAGAAGUCGCACAGGACACUUGCCAAGCUCACCGUCAAGUACAAGAACGUCCUGGCGCAGCCAGUCUUCAAGAUCUUUGCUGAGAUGGAUAGCGAGCAACUGGACCUAGCGCAACUCCAACAGGCAGCUGCCCCCGCCACCAAGACCAAGAAGGCCGCUCCCAAGGGCGCACUCCUGGCCACGAGCCAGAUCAAGUCCAUUCAUGAUUGGAUCGCACUCAAGCCAGAGACAUUCGUGAGCGACAUCAAGCAGCUUAACAAGAUCAAGACACUCGCAAGCAUGGACAUUGGCGCCGACCUCCAAGAGCGCUUCAAGUUGACUCCCGCCCAUCAGGACCUUUACCAGAACAAGCUCAGCAUCCUGAACAAGAGGGUGAUCGACAUCUCCCAGAGCGAUAUCUUUGAGUGCCAGGCCUACGAGAUGGUGCACCUCGGCGUCGAGUCCCUCGACACCCUGGCCACAGACAUCAUCGAGCGCACCAACGAACUUGCCAAGGACGACAAGGUCAAGCGCAAGGAGAAGUCCCUUGCCCUGCACAAUCUGAUAACCCGACUCACCGACCUUGGACUCACCUACCGCGCCUCGCAGUACCCCCAGGAGCAACUACAUGUCAACUACCUCUUCAAUGUUGACACCAUGUCCAGCGAUGCCCUGCCAACAUUGGCCGCAUCGCAUACUGACAAUGGUCGCGUGCUCAUGGAGCAGGCCAACACAUACUACUACCGUAUUGCCGCGAGAAUCAAUCAACUCCGACUGCAGUCGCUAGAGUACAACCCCGAUCUGUCAGCGCGUGAAGUACAAAAGAUGAGCGGAUUCAUCGAGCACAUCUUGGCGCUGAUCAUCGGUCAGCGUAAUGAACUGAUUGACGCAGUGUCGCAAUGGACCACGCUCAGCACAUUCGUCCAGCUCUUCCGCUCGAGCGAUGACAUCUCACCCAACCAGCAGUUUGUCCACAAGUGGCUCCAGCUGCAGAGCUCCCAGUUCAAUCAGCUCGUCGACCUCAUGAGCGAGCUGACCCUGCUGGCAUCCAAGCUCGCCAAUCACAUUUUGCCACUGACCGAUAAGACCACACUGUUGGAGGUGCACUCCACUGUUUCCCUGCUCAAGCAGGCUGUUGACAGUGACCUAGCCAAUGGACGUGGACUCUACAAGUUCAUUGAUCACAGUCUACCAAUAUGCACUCAGCCCACCCAAGUACGUCUCCAGGACAACAUGGACCAACUCCAAGUCCAGAUCACCAAGCUGGCCGCACUCCAACAGUCCCAGACCACCGGCAGCAGCAGCAUUGUCGAGGCAUCAAUCAACACAUUCAUUCAAUCCUCUCAACAAUUGAUUCAGAGAUGGAAUGAGGAAUCAGGACAAGAGGCACAGGCACAGGAACAACGCGUGCGUGAUCCAGAGGCAAUUGAGCAGUUCACAACAGUGUUUGAUACAAUCAUCAAGCAUAUCCUACUCUCGAUCCAGAACAAGAAGCAAUUGUCCAACACUAUCCAGUCACAACAAAAGGUAGAUGGACAGCCAGAUACCGAGGCAGAUGAUACCCCAAUAGAGUAUGAUGUCCAUGAUGGCCAUGUUGCCAAAUUGAACCAACUACUCUCCAAGCAUCUGUCCAUGCUUCACCUCGACACGAUGAACCAAGAGCUUAAGAAGCUCCAUCAACUACUUGUCAAGGACAACUUCACAUCCGACGAGCUCAGAGUCAUUAGGAUGAUGAUGGCCAGCAUGCAGCCAAUGAUGGAUCAGUACGUGGCCUUGGCUAAUCAUGCAGUGUUGGACAUCUUGGCUCUGCAUAAGACUCUGUCCAAGCUCGAGUAUAUCAUGUCUGGUGUGUUCAGCCAGCUCUUUACAAAGGGCUUCUGCAAGAAGGAGGAACAGAACACAGAGGCUGGCGGAGAAGGCACCAACAACUUUGAGGACGACGUCGAGGGCACUGGCAUGGGCGAGGGCGAGGGCAAGAAGGACGUAUCUGACGAGAUCCAAGACAAGGAGCAGUUGGCCGGCACAAAGGACGAGAAGAAGGAGGAGAAGGACGACGACGAGGAGGAUGAGGAGCCCGAGGAGAAGGACAAGGAUGAGGGCUUCGACAUGGAGGACGACUUUGAAGGCGACAUGCACGACAUCAAGAAGGAUCAGAAGGAUGACGACAGCAAGGAGAACGAAGACGAUGAAGAGGAGCUUGACAAGGAGAUGGGCGAUCUCGAGAAGCCCGAGGACAACGUCGUCGACGAGAAGCUGUGGGGCGAGGAGGACGUCCAGGACGAGGAGGAACAGAAGGAGGAUGGCCAAGGCGACGAGACAAACUCGGACGAGAUGAUGGCCAAGGAUGAGAAGGAGGACAAGAAGAAGGAUCAAAAGAAGGAUGAAAAGCAGAAGAAGGAGGAGAAGAAGAAGGAGGAGGAGAAGGAGAAGAACCAGGAGAAGGGUGAGGAUCAGGACGACCAGGAGGAUGAUGAAGGUGAAGGAGACGAGGAGGACUUUGAGGGCCAGGACGAGGACAAUGUCACAAACGAGGAGAAUCCAGAGGAGGAGGAGAAUCACAUGGACCCGAGGAAGGAGGACCAGUUCGAGUUGCCCGAGGAGAUGGACUUUGGCGAGAAUGAUGAGGGCGAUGACGCACCCCCUGAAGAGGAGGACAAGCCCGAGGACCCAUUGGACCUUGACAUGGACAACCAGCAACAGAUGAGCGACGGCGAAGAUGAAGAGAAGGAGGGCGACGAGGAGGAGGGCAGUGACAAGGACGACAAGGAGAAUGGCGACGACGAGGAGGAACAACAAGACCUCGACUCAGACAUCAACGAUAACUCAGAGUCCACACAUGUCGAGCCCGAAGCCGAUCAGGACGAGGAGAAGGAAGACGACGACAAGGAGGGAACUUCGCUCACGACCGACCAACAAGACCAACAGGACCAGAAGGAUUCAGAGCAGCCACUCGGUGUUAAGGACAAGACAGGUGUCAAGUCCAGCUCGGCCAACACAACGACGAGAUGGACGACGAGGAGGACAAGGAUGAGGACGCAGGCGAUGACAAUGGCACAGCCAUGCCAACGCCAUCCAACGACGCCAACGACUCCAGUCUGA